CAACCAGUUACUUUAGUUUGACGUUAGCCGUGACGCGGAGUGGUAUAGUCCUUUGCUUUUGUGAAUUAACGUUCACAUUAUCAAUGUUUAUAAACAGAAAUCGUAAAGAUACUACAAUAAUUAGAUUUGUUCAUGAAUAAAAUCGAAAACUUUUGUGCUUUACAAUACUUAUUGGUGCGUUUCUUUUGUUUUUCUUAUGGAUUUGUACGUUUUAUUCGAGUGUGUAAUCUUGCAGCGGCGAGAAGUCAGCAUCGUUGAUUUUGUUGGACGGUGGUUGAAAAUGUGAUACAAUUACAGUGGUGAAUGAUACGGACCGAUGAAGCAGACCAGUUUGUGAUACUUUACAAUAUUAGAGAAACAUAAAAAUCUAAUAACAUGAAGUGGCUUUUGAUUGCACUUUUCUUGCCUUAUACCUUGGCGCAUCUGAAUGUUUACCUGAGCAGUGCAGAAGUAUGGAGAUUGUUUGGUCUAACAGCAGAACUGUAUUACGUGAGAGAUGGCCUAAUAAAUUUCUACGCGCUCAAUUUUGUGGUGCCGGUACCUGCGACCAUCGAAGAGUUGCAUUUUACCUGGCAAAGUCUCACCAGAAGACCUUUACCGUACAAGAUAGAUGUUCAAGUGGUAUCUCAUCCUGAAGCAAUGGACCUACCUGGUGUACGUCCCAAUAUAUCAACGGAGGGCAUGGUACCUAUAGAACCGACUACAUGGCGAGUGGAUUUGCCCUGUACACGUACUGUAGCCGCUGAAGUAGAACUCAACAUAAUGCUCAAUGUGUCUACUGGUUCCUCUUCCACUACUUUGCACUUCCGGCGACGCAAGAUCUGUCUAAAGGAAGCACGAAGGCCUGCCGUUAGAGUUGACAGUAUCUCGCAUGCUUCUACCUCAGCGGAUAUAUUUUACGCUGGAGCUGGUUGUGCUGGAGGCGCACUUUUAAUAGCUGCAAUCGCUGCAGUAGCUUGUAGAGCUCGUGCCAGGAAACUGAGAAGGGCACGCAGCGAUGAACAAGAUGCUCACGCAUUCUUGCCAGAUUCAUCAUGCAAAUCUGCCGCCAGUUAUACUAGUUACCGUCGUCCUACGUCUGUACCAGCGGCAGCAGCAGCUGAAGAGAGAGCAAGAGAUCUCCAGCAAAGGAUAGCUGAACUGACAAUACAGAGAUGCCGAGUCAGACUGCGGUCAGUAGCGAUGGAGGGAACCUUUGGUCGGGUAUAUAAAGGGACGUACGCAGACGAAGAUGGGAGAGAACAAGAGGUGCUGGUGAAAACUGUUGCUGAACAUGCAUCACAAGUGCAGGUUUCAUUGCUUCUUCAAGAAGGAUGCAUGCUGUAUGGAUUGCAUCACGAACGGGUUUUGUCCGUUUUGGGCGUCAGUAUAGAAGAUCAAACAGCUCCAUUCUUACUUUAUCCUUGGAACAAUAGUUGGCGAAAUCUGAAGCAGUUCCUCUUGGCUUGUCGAGGAGUUACAGUUGGGGGAGCUACUGCUGGUGCACCACCUCCACCUCCCCUGACGACACAACAUGUGGUUCGGAUGGCACUACAUGCUUUAGAUGGGCUGUCGUACCUACAUUCACAACAUGUUUUACACAAAGACAUCGCUGCAAGAAAUUGCAUUGUGGACGAAAAUCUACGAGUAAUGAUAGCCGACAACGCCUUAUCGCGGGAUCUGUUCCCCGCAGACUACCAUUGUUUAGGUGACAAUGAAAACAGGCCUAUAAAAUGGCUAGCUUUAGAGUCCCUGAGCAAACGCCAGUUCAGUCCUGCAGCUGAUGUUUGGGCUUUGGGUGUGUUAUUAUGGGAGUUGACUACUUUGGCUCAUCAACCGUAUGCAGAGGUGGAUCCCUUCGAAGUAGCCGCCUAUUUGAGGGAUGGUUAUCGGUUGCAGCAACCUGCCAAUUGUCCUGAUGAAUUAUUUGCUGUGAUGGCGUACUGUUGGGCGAUGUCACCCGAUGACCGACCCACUUUACCACAACUACAAAUCUUCCUACGAGACUUCCAUACACAAUUAACUAGAUUCGUCUAAAUCAUUCCCAAUCGACUAUCUUAAAAAGACAUCCCAAAGACGACAAUAAUUAUAGUGAAUAAUGCGGACAUACGAACUGUGCGAAAAUAUAAAAGAGGCCUUAUUAUUAACGGCACAAGACUCGCAUUGCGUUUAAGUGAUCGUGAAUGUUUGUUAAUUAAAAAGAAACGUAAUCCCAUAAAGAGACUGAUUUUUAUAAGUGUUUAUUGAUUUGUAAAUUAUUUAAAUUUUUAUUUUAAUGCAGUUGACACAUUUUCUGGUGCAUCGUCUACUGUACUCGUGAUAUACAAUAGAAGUGUUGUUUUCGGUGAAUAUGUGUUUUCUCUAACAAUAGUGUUUAAAUAACCGAUGUAUACAUGAAGACGAUUUUUUAACAUGUUUUGCGACUUGAUUUUUGGGAGAAACGGUGGUGUGUGAGUUGCGAAGAUGAUGUAAUGGCGAUUUUGUCUGCGGUAAUAAAUAUUUCUAUAGAGUAACAAUGUAAAACUACAAGAGAUUGAGAAUAAACUUUAGUCAGUUAGUCUACCAUGGGGAAUUAAGUAAUGGUUUACAGGAUUCCCUAUAGAAUUGGACUUACAUUUCUCACCGGAGUGAGUUCGAUUCCAUCAUACCCAAUACGGUUUAACUUGUACAUCUAUGUGUUUAUUUGUCAAUAAUUUUACAAAUUCUGAAACGAACAUUUAGUCAUCCGUUUUUAUAACAUCUAUAAUUUUAAAAAGUUGCUGUAUAUGUACUAUUUACUAAGUAGAUCCUUUAUCAUUUAGUAGAUAGUGCAAUAACGAAACUUUGUUCUGGAAACUUCUAAACCAACUGGUGAUCUCAUUGUAUUUAUCGGACAAUGUGCCUGCUGUUAUAAGUUACGAUAAUAAAAUUCAAUUAAUUAAUACAAUUAAUUUAAUCUGUCUAACAAUAACGUGUAACAGUUAUGACAGUAAACAAAUUUAUCAGAAGUUAUUUAUUGUAACUAAUUAAUUUAUAUUGGAGAGAACAUACAUAGAUGUUUAGUUCAUAUAUAUAUACGCCAUAUUUACGACUUUCCAUUAGGUAAACCAGACAGUUCGCCAUUUCAAUUUCAUAAAAAAUAAUGUAAAGUUUUCGUCAGAAAUUGUAUGUUUAUUUAAUAUUCAUCAGAAACAACAUUUGUGUUUGUUACAUAUGACUCAGACGAUCUAUUGAGAGCAUGUGUCAGCCGCAUAGAGUAUUGUAAUUAUUGUUCGAAACCUCAGUACUGCCAUAUUAGAUAUAAGAGAAAAUGUAUAUAAUAGUAAUAUCUAUGUGAUGUAUUGUAUGAUAAAUAUACGUAUAUUGAAUGUGCCUCAGAUUUUAUGAAAGAAUUAAAUGUUUAUAAAUGUUUAAUUAUAAUAAAGUGAUUGAUUGCAUUGAUUACAGCAUCAAUUUAUUAAUUUUACAUACGAGUAAUAAAAUUAUUAUCCAGGUAUGAUGAAGACAUGUAUCCAUUGGAAAUUGAUCAAAUCAAUACUAACAUACCAUGCGUUAGUAAUGAAUAUUCGUUUUAGGGCUUAUUACACUGUCAUAUAUAUGUAUGAUUAAUUUGUGCAUUUAUUUAGUAACGAAAAUACCAAUUCAAGAUACUAUUUUAUAAAAUAAUAUUUAUCUUGUAGAGAUCAUUUUUCGUAGUAUUGACUUUUAUAUUCGUAUAUAAUAGUGUAAUAAUAACCAUAGAAAAUUUUAGUGUGCAGUCUAUUCUGCUUUAUUAAUGUUUGCACAGAAUACCUACUCUGUUAACUUUAGAUAAAAUGUGAUUAUACACUUCAGAUAAUACGUUUCAGCAUUUACCUGAACUACAUACUAAUGUAGAAAGUAGCUUUUAUUUUAAUCUGUGGUUGAGUACACUUUUUUCUGUGUCCUAAGUACUGGUUUCUAUACUCAAAUUAAUACUCGUUGGUUGGUAGUUUAUGUAGCAUUAUUUCCCAGUUUUAACAUUUGAGUUUAUUCCAUUAUAUUGUAUAUAAUAUUAGUAUAGUGAAACCGGGAAAGUACCGCAUGCUGAACUACCGAUGUACUAAAAACUACAAUAAAACUUGGUUAUAACAAGUUAUGUUUCGGUGUACACAGUAACCUUAUACCAAAUAGACCAGUAUUGCUUACACAAAUAUGUUUUUUGUUGUUAUUUAAAGGCCUUAUUGCACUGUCAUGCAUUAGGAUCAUACAUGUUACUCAUGUAAGUUAGCAAAGAAAUUUCAAUGACGUAGUAUUUU